ACUGUCAAUCUGUCUGUUUUCUAUCUAUAAUUUUCAUUUAUAGUUCAUUUUUACAUUUCAAAUUAUAUCAAAUUCUCGGUUCAUAAAAUACAUACAUAUUUGUUAUGGCAUAACAAAAUUUUAAUAAGUUAAAAAAAAAUAGUUAAAUAUACAAAAGACAUGAGUUCCAAAAGUGUCGCUUUGUCUAAAACCACGGUACAGAGUGAGAAUGCGGGAAAUACGAAUGAAGAUAGUACAAGUCCAGAUUUUAUUUACGGUGGUCCCUUUAUAAAAGUGGACAAACCGGACCCUUUUUUUGAUACUGCGACUCCCAUAAACUUGCUUCUUCAAGGCACAUUCAAGAAGAGUUUUGCAUAUUAUUCAUUGAAGGAAAGACUGCCAAUUAUAUUAACUAAAAUUAUAGACUACUUAUCUAGAGAAGGUAGUAAAAUUAAAUCCACACAUAAAGCUAAUGACGAGGACAUAAGGGGUUUCAUACAAUAUAUAACAAAGCUCAAGAAUGACUUGGUCACCAACAAAAAGUACGACCUCCUCACGGUCGACACGCCGGAAGCCAACAGGUGGAACGAAUGGAUCAAGGAAUCAGAGAGUCCCUACUACUUCACGAAUACUUGGGUGUUCUCCGAAUGUUAUGUGUAUAGGAGGCUGCGGGAAGGUUGUGAGUUGAGCAAAAGUUUGCAAAACUUCGACCCGUUUGAUGCUCAAAAGGAACAAGCACUAAUGAGCAGCUUUGAGCCGAAGUGUGUGGUUGCAGACAAGUUAGUCACCAUGCUGCCCACUGGCGAUAAAGAGAAGAGGAAAUCCGAUUUCAUCACAUUAUUAAAGAUUUGUCUAUGGUCAAACAAAUGCGACCUCUCGCUGUCUGUGGGCGAGCCGGUAUCAUUGUCGGGUGGAAAUACAACAAAAAGUCAAACUGAAGUAGUUGCGCCUGUAAUAGAUCCGUUUCAAAUGGUUAUAGACCUAAAAGAUAAGUUGCUGGCAGACGAUUCAGCGAAAGUAGCGGAUCAAGUUAUAGCCAAGGCUGAGAACAUGGCGAAAACCAUUGAAGGGCCGCCGCCACAACCAUCCAGCAAGAAGGGUUCACCCACUGGCAGCACGAGAGGUUCCCCCGUCCCUUCUCCAGCAGAACUUGAGGAUGGCGUGGAACAACCGAAAGUACCCUGCCCUGCCAAGAUGACUGUACCUCAAGCCGCAAUAUUUGAUAUCGUAUGCGAUAAUUCUGCCUACGAGUUGUACACAGACUUGUGUUUGGCGCAUUUCCUAGUCUCCCAGAAAAUUGUACAAAAGGUCAGAUUUCAUGUGAAAAAAAUACCCUGGUUCGUGUCGGACGUCACGCCUAGGGAUUUCAAGUAUUUAAUACAACAAUGCAAAAAUGCUACUUACAAGAGAGAAGUGCCAUCGCAGCCAAACCCAGAGAGUGCUGAAGGUGCAGAUGAUUCUCCUCGAGUCGUUUCAGCAGACAACCUCCGGGCGGUCGCGCAACAGUGGCAACAGUACGUCAAUGACGGCACCUUCCUCGUUCAGUGCGACGAUUUCUGGACAUCUCCGCAUGUUUACAAAGACAUGAAGAAAUAUGACUAUAAUGUGUACAGAAAGUUGCAAUUCGCCGUCGCAGUAUUGUUCAAGGGCGAUUUGAACUACAGAAAGCUAUUAGGAGAGAAGAACUGGAAUCCUACCACUGGAUUCGAAACGGCAUUACAAGGUUUCAUACCAGCGCCUGUCAUAGCGCUGAGGACAGUGAAGGCAGACUUAAUAUGUGGACUACCCAAAGGGAAAUAUGAACAGCUGACGAAGGUCGAUGAGAAGUGGAUGCAGAGCGGAGACUAUGGACUGAUCCAGUUCUGUCCCAAAUCUGAACCGCUGAAGGCGGACGAGAAGCCAUGCCCGGACUACGGCGACUCAUGCUUCGGGACUGUGUGUCCCACACACGCAGAUCUAUGAUAGACGAUUAUUACUUCUAAACCAAAUGGCCAACAGCACUUGUCUAUGGUACUGUCCAUAGACAAGAAUAAUACCGUAUUUAUGCCACUAAGAACCCGACUUUGAUCGUAAAAAGUGUCCUA